AUGUCAAAGGGUUAUCAAGCCUCUGUCACUUCUUUAGGAUAGAUUACAUAAUAGUAAGAAGUAAAUAAUCCGAUGGCGGAAUCUAAAUUGGCUUCUAGUGUAAUCAAAGUACCCAAACUAAUUCAAAGUUGCAAUGAAUUCAAUACUCACAACAUUCCAAAAAUCAAUUGUUACAAUCAUCAAGGUUACACUUAUACAAACUUCUGCUAACUUGAAUCAUGUUGCUUUCCAUUAUGUCCUGAAUGUAUUCCUUAACAUGUCCAGGAGCAUUUUGAAUCUCAGUCCAAACCGAAAUUAGAUAGUAUAGAAAAUGUCUUAAAUAAAGUCUAAAUGACAGUCUUUAAUGAAGGUAAAACUUAACAAUAUCUAAAAGCAAAUAAGUUGGCAUCUUUCUCUUAGAACAUUGCAAAUUCUGUAUUUAUGGCCGAUCAAAUGAAUAUGUAAUGCAUUAAACUUUUAAAUGAGAAGAAGGAACGAAUUAUUAAGAUUAUUGAUUAAUAUUUCAAUUCAUUGCUCAUUGAAGUAUAAGGGAAGCAUUAAAAAAAUAUUGAAAAUUAUAAAAGAGAUGCACUCUUUUUCUAAUAAGUCAUUAUUGAUAGGCAUAAUUCGCACGUUGAAUUAUUGGAUAACUUAAAGAAUUCUGAUUGCAUGAGACCACUUAUAAGAUUUUUGAAAUCCAAGACUCUUUAAGAAAACGAACAAUAUUUUAUAUAAGCAUAAGAAUUUACAGAACGUUAUGCUCACUAUUAAACAAAAGUUAGUUUUGAUUCGGAGAAAUCUGCUUAAUUGGGUGGAUUUAUUUCUGAGUUUCUUAAAGUGGUUAAUUAUGAUUUACCAGAAUAUGUGAAUAUACAUAAGUUGGCACCUCCAGAGAUAACCACUUAGAAAUCUAAUGCUGGAACAGCUAACAAUAGUAAAGCAUCAAUAAGAUAAUCUGAACAGAAGAUUUCUUAGGUUUAAUCGAGGAGUGGACUUGAAAUCUCAUAGUAGGCUUAAUACAUGAAUCAAUCAACUAACAUUAACAACUAUAUGCAACAAAGUUAGCAAUAAUUUGGAUCACAGAGGUAAAUGCGUAACAAUUAUGGAGAAUAUCCAAGUUUGGGUAAUUUUGGAUCAAGAAGGAAUUGA